UGUUGGCAUGAGCCUUAAAAAAGGUGCUACCACACCUGUGCUGACAUCAUCUCAUUCCAUAAGCUCUGAUUUCGGGUCCACCAUAAACACACUUUAUGCUCAGGACUCUGUGUGCGUGUGGGUUUAUCCCGUUCCAGUCUCAGCCGGGUCCUUCUAAAACUAAUUGCAGUUUCUUUCUCUCUGAGUGACAGCGAGGAUUUCUCUUCGCCCGAAGCGACGUCACAGCAAGGUAGAAGAAGAAGAAGAAGAAGAAGAGGAAGAAGAGGAAGAGCGCAUUUUUCCUCCCUGUACCAUCCAAAGAAAACACAUGAGCAGAGUGUGUCACACAGACCGUACCUGCAGCCGGUGCGCACACAAAAUACUUCACUCGGCUCAUCUUCGCAUCAUUUCACAGCGUGUAAAGAACUGCCACCAUCCAUCCAUCCAAUACAUUAGUUGUGCCUUUUAUCCUUCUUGCUUUUUGAAAAAAUUUCCCAUAGAGUGACGAGACUCACGUUUGCUCACAACAGGAGUGUUACAUGCGCCUUUUUGCGGUCAGAGGAGCCCUCACUGCUUGGAGCAACUUUUCGUUCCUCCCGGAAUCGUUUAGAGAACAUGUAAUGUGCUGCGACUAAUAGAGCAGAAAGACAAUGCAGAGGUUAACCACACCUUUGAAAGCGGACAUCUCUUCUGUAGCCUCUUGACCAACUUCGUUGCGCAUUAAAAUGCGCCCGACAGAAGAGGAGUUAGAUGAUGAACUUUUUGCGCUCUUGUUGACAGACAGUUUCCAGUGAGCUUUUCCCCGGGUGCACCGCCAGAAAACAAGGACCUCCUAUGUAUUUAAGAAAUAAUCCAACUCCGAGUCGGCUGAGCUCGUCAGUGCUUUAAACUUUGUUGGUGAGCCUCCUGGAGGAUUUGCUACGUUCACCAUGACGGUUCGUCUCUCGCGGAUCCAGCUGGCCCUGUUCUUUAUCCUGCUCUGCCCGGUCAAUAUCAUCGGACUCUGGUGGGCAGUUGGCAGUCCGCUUGUGAUGGACCCCAACAGCAUUUGCAGGAAGGCGAAGCGACUGGCGGGGAAGCAGGCCGAGUUGUGUCAGACUCAGCCAGAGAUCGUCAGUGAGGUGGCCAAAGGAGCCAGGCUGGGCGUUCGGGAGUGCCAGUACCAGUUCAGGUACCGUCGGUGGAACUGCACUAGCCAUAACAAGUACUUUGGCAAAAUACUGCAGCAAGAUAUCCGGGAGACAGCGUUUGUGUAUGCCAUCACAGCAGCUGGUGUGACCCACGCUGUGACCCAGGCCUGCAGCAUGGGAGACCUACUACAGUGUGGCUGUGAGGCGACCAGGAACAGGGCACCUCCGAGGCCACCCUCACCCUCUUCCUCUUCCUCUUCCCCUUCCUCUUCUGAGGAUGGAGUCAAGUGGGAGUGGGGGGGAUGCGGAGAUGAUGUGGAGUUUGGAUAUGAAAAGUCGAAACAGUUUAUGGAUGCCAAGAGGAGAAGGGGCAAGAGCGACAUCAGGACACUUAUUGACCUGCACAACAACGAGGCUGGGCGGCUGGCUGUGAAGCUCUACAUGCGGACAGAGUGCAAGUGCCAUGGACUGUCAGGCUCUUGCACCUUGCGCACAUGCUGGAAAAAGAUGCCUCAUUUCCGGGAGGUGGGCGACCGCCUUCUGGAGCGCUUCAACGGUGCUUCCAAGGUGAUGGGCGGCAACGACGGCAAGACUCUCAUCCCUGUCGGUCAGAACAUAAAGCCCCCGGAUAAACAGGAUCUGAUUUACUCUGACGAGUCGCCCGAUUUCUGUGUUGCAAAUAGAAAAACUGGUUCACUGGGGACACGUGGUCGCAUGUGCAACAGCACAGCUAUGGACAUCAGCGGCUGCGACCUGCUGUGCUGUGAGCGCGGCUAUCGGGAGGAAACAGUGGUGCUUGAGGAGAACUGUCUGUGUCGUUUCCACUGGUGUUGUGUGGUCCAGUGCAAGAAAUGCCUGGUCCGAAAGGAGCUUAGUCUCUGUCACUGAUGAACUUCUGAACCGAGGUUGAGAGCUGUCAGUAUGACUUGGUUAACAUAGUAACUUCUGUUAUUUUUGUGGUUUGUGAUGUAGUUUGGCCAGAGUGAGAGAAGGACUUUGACUUUUAUGGUGUUCCAUGUGUUUCUGUUUUUUUGCACCAGUCACACUAAGAUGAUGUCCAACAUUUCAAACUCUUGUGUGUCCCUGUUGAUGCUGGCCAAAGUCUCGAAAGGUAUAAAAAGUGGAUGCAAUCACCUGGGAGUAAAAAAAGCAAGAGGGACUAGAAGAAGCAAAAUACAAAGCGAAAUAUAUACAUGUUUUUUUUUCCUGACCUACCUAUUUUUUUUCUUGUAUGUGAAAAAGGACCAAAGAUUGUGGCAUUCUCCUAUUUGGAUAAAAUAAGAGGGCCUAUGCAGCACAUGUUUUUAGCAUCACUUCAACUACCCUUUCAACAGCUUUGCAUAUUCAAGUUGCUCUCUCACAAAAGCAGACUUUGUGACAGCAGAAAGAGUUAGGAAAUAAUCUUAUUUGGAUGUUUGCUAAGCCACCCCCCUUUUAGGUUUCCUGAAAUGACACCUCCCAAGCUUCCCAUUCUCACAUGGAGAAUAUACAGAACACAAUACGAGUGUGGGAAAUCCCAAUCGAAACAAUGGGUCUUUUGCAAACAGAGCAAAAAGUGUACCAAUGUUGAU